UUGGCAGCCGGAGCGUGUAUAUUUGUUUACAGCCACGAGUGCUCCGUCUACACCUCGCCGGUUCUGUGUUUAGUGAAUGAAAACUUUAACAGUCUUCACAGAAAGCUCUGAAAUGGAAAGCGUUUCACAUUUGUAGAGCAACAGCAGCGUGUCUGUGAUGUUUACGCCGUGCAAAUGGUGUGAUUAUUUGCUUCUCAGUUACCAUAUAACUAGCUCGUUAGCCAAAUAGCAAAGAAGCUAACAUGGGAGAUAAACGGGACAGUGUGACCUCUCACAACACAACAGAAAAGGGAUCCAAUGAUGAUACAGAAUGACCAAAGACCUGAAGCAUCAUGGCACUGUCUGAAGUUUAUUGGGAUCACCAAAUACCCCUGCCCAAGCUUGCUCCAGCCCAGGCCAAGGUCACAGUGGCCUUGUUGGCACUCCUCUGCUUCAUUAACAGUUAUGACGGGGAGUUCGUGUUUGAUGAUUCUGAAGCAAUUGUCAACAACAAGGACUUGAGACCAAACACACCUCUGAACAACAUCUGGAGCAAUGACUUUUGGGGAAGCAACCUGAGUAGCAACUCAAGUCACAAAUCCUACAGACCUCUCACUGUCCUAACAUUUAGGCUGAGCUACCUCUUGGCAGGAGGCCUGCACCCUGUUGGCUUCCAUGUGCUGAACAUCAUCCUCCAUGCUGUCAUUUCUGCCCUCAUGAUUGACAUGUUUGCUAUCCUGAUUGGUGGACUGGCUUAUGAUGAGAAUGGCUGGGUGAUGAACAAAGCUCCCAAAACCUCUCUGCUUGCUGCUCUCUUCUUUGCUGCACACCCUGUUCACACAGAGAGUGUGGCUGGUAUUGUGGGUCGAGCAGAUCUUUUGUGCGCUUUGUUCUUCCAGCUCUCCUUCCUCACCUACUGCAAAGCUUUCAAUAGAGGGAGCGACAGAGAUGACAGGUUUUCUGUGCAGUGGGUUGUGGUCAGCCUCUUGCUGUGUGCUGCAGCAAUGCUCUGUAAAGAACAAGGCAUCACAGUCUUGGGUGUGAAUGCAGCCUUUGAUGUCCUCCUGAUCUGUAAUGUUAAUGUGUACGAGCUCAGCCAGAGGCUACUCCUUAGGAAGAAUCCACUCGAUGUAAGUGAGAUAUUGCAGACAGGAUUGCUAACACGGUUAGCUCUUAUGGGUCUCGGAGGACUCACGUUGCUCUAUGCACGCUGGAGGAUCAUGGGGACAGGACCACCAGCAUUCACUGAAGUAGACAACCCAGCAUCUUUUGAAGAAAAUAUAUUUCUAAGAAUUGUGAACUAUAAUUACUACUACUCUCUGAAUGCCUGGCUGCUGCUGUGUCCCUGGUGGCUGUGUUUUGAUUGGUCCAUGGGCUGUGUGCCUCUCAUUAAGUCAGCCACUGAUUGGAGGAUAGUGUGGCUGCUGCUGCUCUGGUGCGUCCUGAUAGGCUUGAUAAGUCAAGCCUUAUGCUCGCAGGACAGCCAGAGAAGGAGGACUCUGACCUUGGGUCUGGUGCUGCUCGUCGUCCCCUUUCUGCCAGCCUGUAACAUAUUUUUCAGGGUGGGCUUUGUGAUUGCUGAGAGAGUGCUCUACCUCUCAUCGGCUGGCUACUGCUUACUGCUGGCCUACUCCCUAGGACACUGCUGCUGCCUCUGGUCCAAACACAAGAGGCUGCUGUGUGUGUCUGUGCUCGCACUGUUGUGUGUGUAUGUAGCUCGCUGUGCUCUCCGCAGUCAUCAGUGGAGGUCGGAGCAAAGUCUCUUCACCAGCGCCCUCUCUGUGUGUCCACUCAAUGCCAAGGUGCAUUAUAAUGUUGGUAAAAACCUGGCUGACAGAGGGAACACAACCGCUGCCAUCAAAUAUUACAGAGAAGCAGUCAGGCUCCAUCCGACCUACGUCCAUGCCAUGAACAACCUAGGGAAUAUCCUGAAGGAGAGGAAUGAACUGAUCGAGGCAGAGCAGCUGUUGUCUAAAGCUGUUUCCAUUCAGCCUGACUUUGCUGCAGCCUGGAUGAAUCUGGGGAUAGUUCAGAACAGCCUGCAGAAGUUUGAGGAAGCAGAGCAGAGCUACUGGAACGCCAUCCGUUUCCGAAAGAAAUACCCAGACUGCUACUAUAACCUCGGACGCUUGUAUGCAGACCAGAACAGACAUGUGGAUGCUCUGAAUGCAUGGAGGAACGCAACGGUGCUAAAACCUGACCAUAGUCUGGCCUGGAACAACAUGGUUAUACUGCUAGACAACACUGGUAAUUUGGGUCAAGCAGAGCUUAUUGGUCGUGAGGCUCUGAGGCUGCUCCCCAAUGACCACACUAUCAUGUUUUCAUUGGCUAACGUCCUGGGGAAAUUACAGAAAUACAAGGAGUCAGAGGGCUUCUUCCUUCACGCUCUCCGGAUCAACCCAAAUUCUGCCAGUUGCCAUGGCAAUUUAGCUGUGCUCUAUCAUCGCUGGGGAAAACUGGAGCUGGCAAAGAAACACUACGAGCUGUCUCUUAAGUUGGACCCCGAGGCUCCGGGGACCAGAGAGAACUACAACAUGCUGCGACGCAAACUGGACCAGCUUAAACGCCUCACACCCUGAGGGAGCCUACUGGGACCCCUGCCUGUCAUACAACACAUUUUUCCAUUGUUCCACUUUGUAUUAUUUUAUCUCACUAAUGCUGGCUUUGUACCAUUUGGAAAUAAAGACCAUGAUCUGUGUAUCAGA